AGGAGCACUCCAGACCAUGCCUGGGCGCAGACCACCCACCUUCCGGAGCCCGGGGGCCCAGGCGCCGAGAAGAGCCCGGAAAAGAACAGAAGGAGGAGCCAGCUCCAAUGUGUUCUCCAUGUUUGAUCAGUCCCAGAUCCAGGAGUUUAAAGAGGCCUUCACCAUCAUGGACCAGAACCGCGAUGGCUUCAUUGGCAAGGAAGACCUGAGGGACACCUUUGCUGCCCUGGGUCGCAUCAAUGUGAAGAACGAAGAGCUGGACGCCAUGGUGAAGGAGGCCCCGGGGCCCAUCAACUUCACGGUCUUCCUGACCAUGUUUGGGGAGAAGCUGAAGGGCACGGAUCCAGAGGAGACCAUUCUUCAUGCCUUCAAGGUGUUCGACACUGAAGGGAAAGGUUUCAUCAAGGCGGAUUUCAUCAAGGAGAAGCUCAUGACCCAGGCAGACCGGUUCAGUGAGGAGGAGGUCAAGCAGAUGUUUGCCGCUUUUCCACCAGAUGUGUAUGGCAACCUGGACUACAGGAACCUGUGCUACGUCAUCACACAUGGUGAAGAGAAAGACUAGAAGAUCAUGAACCUCCCGCGCAGUCAGAGGCAGCAAACACUGGGGGUGGGGGCCAGCAAUGGAGAGCUCCUGAGGCCAGUGUGUUU